UUUUGGAUUGUCGAGAUUGUUGUUGCUGUUCUCCCAAGCUGUGAUUUCACACACGGAUUAUCAUUUAAUAUCAGUUUUCCGUAUAUCGUGGACCUUUUUUGGACUAUUUCCCCCCUGUUUGGUGACAUUUAAAACCAAAUCAUCUGCGUUUUAAAAGAAAUCAAAACAGUUAGCUAUGUUUAUUUGUGGCCAGAAAGUUAGUGUCUCCAGUGUUUACAGAUUCCACAGCGGGACGAUUUCCUGGUUCCAGCGCUACAACGGAAUCAUUAGCUAACACAGACCUAGCUCACGUUAGAUUAAGUCGUAGUACUUUUAUGUUUGCUAGAUAGUUAGUGAGUGGAAUUAAACCAGUGCCAAAACCGUUAAAAUCACAGAUUGAUUUGGUUAAAAAUCGAAUUGCAAACCUAUAUUGCCAUCGCGAUUUUAAUGAACGAUGUAAAAACAGGAAAACAGGCUUCAGCUCAACAUUUAUUGUGAAAUAUACUCAAGGUUUUCUCUUAGAGUCAAAAUUGUCUAAAGUUUCUGUUUUGAUUUUCAAAAAAUUGGUGUAGAACGCCAAACAGUCGGAAAAUAGAGCGAUUUAAUCGCGAUUUGAAAACAAUACUAGAAGUAAGCUGUUGCUAAAGCGGCUGUUAAUAGUGUUUUGAAAUUCAGCGUUCAAAAAUAAGAAUCAUUAAGCAAAUUUGAAUCCUGCAGUGUUGAUUUAAGUCAAUAAAACAAACAAAUAUAGGCCAAAAUUCAAUUUUUUUCCCUUUUUGGCAAGGAACUAUCGGUGUCUUUUUUUGCCAGUAAAUCAAAAGUCACCAGCUUGAGAAACUCUCACACCUGCCGUUUUUUCUCUCUUUUCCAGUGACAUUACUGCUAUUUUUCUACGCAGCCUGGAAAGAAAAUUGGACUCAAACAGUGGGGCCUCUGAUCACUGAACCUUUACCUGCACUUGACAGUGAAGUCACGUUGACUUGUGUCCCGACGGGGAGUUGAUCCAUUGAUCGGAUCGUUAUUUGUGCGUUUUGUUUUUAUUUGUAGGAGAAGCAAAUAAGAGCGAGAGAAAUACAUAACUGAGAAGAUGUCAGGCCAGUCCAUCACAGACCGGAUCGCCGCAGCACAGCACAGCAUGACCGGCUCGGCCAUCAGCAAAGCUGUGUGCAAAGCCACCACGCAUGAAGUCAGUGGACCCAAGAAGAAACACCUUGACUAUCUGAUCCACUGCACCAAUGAGAUGAACGUGAACAUUCCCCAGCUGGCAGACACGCUGUUUGAGCGCACGGCCAACUCCAGCUGGGUGGUUGUCUUCAAAGCCCUUAUCACCACCCACCACCUCAUGAUGUACGGCAACGAGCGUUUCAUCCAGUACCUGGCCUCCAGAAACACUCUGUUUAACCUGAACAACUUCCUGGAUAAAGGAGCUCUGCAAGGUUACGACAUGUCGACCUUCAUCAGACGAUACAGCCGUUACCUGAACGAGAAGGCCAUGUCGUACAGACUGGUGGCGGUGGACUUCACCAAGAUGAAGAGGGGGAUUGAUGGAGUGAUGCGAACAAUGAACACGGAGAAGCUGAUCAAGACUCUGCCCAUCAUCCAGAACCAGCUGGACGCACUGCUGGAUUUCCAGGCUAACCCUAAUGAGCUGACCAACGGAGUGAUCAACUCGGCCUUCAUGCUGCUCUUCAAAGACUCCAUAAGGCUGUUUGCAGCCUAUAAUGAAGGGGUCAUCAACCUGCUGGAGAAAUACUUUGACAUGAAGAAGAACCAGUGUAAAGACGCUCUGGACAUCUACAAGAAGUUUCUGUGCAGGAUGACCAAGCUGUCAGAGUUCCUCAAAGUGGCCGAGCAAGUUGGAAUAGAUCAGGGUGACAUCCCAGAUCUCUCACAGGCUCCCAGCAGCCUCCUGGAGGCUUUAGAGCAGCACCUGGCCUCUCUGGAGGGAAAGAAAACCAAGGAGUUGAAUGCAGACACCAGAGCGUCCACGCUGUCCAACGCCGUCUCGUCUCUCUCCACCACCGGCAUGUCCUUCAGUCGCAUGGACGAGAAGGAGAAGCAGCAGGCUUUAGAGGAGGAGCAGGCCAGACUGCAGGCGCUGAAGGACCAGCGCCUGAAGGAGAUCAACGUGCAGACUCCGCCCUCUGCCUCCCCCAGCAGCCACUCAAUAGGCAUCGCCAACAACAACCACAUCAUACACACCCCGGAGUUGUUCAGCUCUGUACUGCCUGCCAACAGUGUCCCCAACCUGAACAGCGACCUGUUUGAUCUUCAGCCGGCCUUCAUCCCCGCUGUGCACAGCACUCCUUCCAUCUCCACCGCUAACAGUGCCUGGGGAGGACUGGAGAGCCAGAAUCUGCAGCAGACCACAGCGGCCAUGACCGUAGAUUUCGAUGCCGUGUUUGGGAAUAAGGCCACGCCCAGUAACAACGGCCCACAACCUGCAGCCGGUUUCGAUGCUCUCGGAGAUUUGUUGAAGCCCACAGUUCCCACACACACCGGACCUCCUCUUCAUCAUCAUCAUCAUCAUCAUCACCAUCCUUCUCAAAUGGCCAUCCAUCCUGGAGGAAAGCUGCUCGCCAACGACCUCGACUCGUCUCUGGCCAACCUCGUCGGCAAUCUGCAGUUUGGUGGAACUCCAGCCAAGAAACCAGAGAUGCAGUGGAACCAGCCGGGAGAGAAGAAGCUGACGGGCGGUCAGAACUGGCAGAAUAAGACCAUGUCCACCACACAGUGGGGUCCUGCACCUGUGGCCCCGCAGCCCAUACCUGUACAACACGUGAAUGGAAUGUUCUAUACUAGUUAUGCUCCAGCUCCCAUGGCUUUUCCCAUGACCACACCGCAAGUGCCUGUGUAUGGAAUGGUUCCUCCCCAGAUGGGUCAGAUGGGCGGGGUUCCAGUGAUGGCUCCUCAGCCAAUGAUGUACAACCAGCCUGUUCUCAGACCCACCAACCCCUUCGCACCCAUACCCGGAGCCCAGAUGCAGUUCAUGUAAUCCAGUCCGGGGGGCAGCAGAGUGCCAAAAGCGACAAACAAACAAAACAGCAGAAGAAAACACACGAGGGGAAUGAAAAUGAAUCGGACGGACGGAGGAGGGAUUCGAUCAAACCAAAAACACGAGGUGGAAAGAGGUGGAUAGAGGUGGAGAUGAUUCGGCGGGGGGAUGAGGGGAUGAAGGGAUGAAGUGUCAUCCUAACUGGUUUUUGUCUGAAACAACUUAUGUGUGUCUGUGUGUGUGUGCGCGUGUGCUUCUUUCUGUUCUCUUAAAUCCUACGGAUGGAGUGAUGAUUCAGGAGAAGGAGAAAGUGAUGAGAGAGAAAGAAGAGGUGGCGAAAGAUGGAGGAGAAAGAGGGGAUGGAGGAAAUCCUACCUCUUGUUUUGUUUUUGUUUUUCUUUUAAAAAGUCAGACUCUUGUUUUUCUGACGACGGUGAAAAGUCUCUGCUGCAGAAUUAGCUUUAUUUCAUACUGGUGCUAUUUUUGUCUCCUCUGCUCGUCUGCAACGACAACAUGCUCGCGUCAGAGGAGACAAGUGUGUGUGUGUGUGGUAGUUGUUUCAGACAACACCGUCCUCUCCAUCCCAUCCCUCGUAUUCUCGAACUGUUCAAUCAAGCGGGCGAUUUAACGGCAAAUCCUGUGGCGUGACUUUUCCUCCUCUGUUCGGAUUAUCUCAGUAUUCCCCCCCCUGCACCGUUAUCGGGUCUUGUAUAGAAUUCAUGUCAACUUGUUCGUCAUAGUUUUUUCUCAUGUUUUUCUUCUCUUGAAGCCACAGAUACACACAGAGAAAUGUCAGGGUUUAGCAGUAAAAACGUGCUAGCGCGGUACAGAGUCUUCAGAAAGCAGCACAGCGAAAUGCGUAAAACAUGAAACCAAUUGUAGCUGUUUAGCUAACCAUGCCAACACCAUAGCUGCUAGCUUUAAGCUAGCUAGUGCUUAACUGUCAAUUGGCCGUAUUGAUAAAAAAUAAAUAAAUAUUGCGGAGCAGUUUGUACUCUAACAGAACAUUUUCUGAAACCUUAACGUAAGAUAAAUGCGUAUUAUUAUAAUAUUAAAAGGCGGUGUGAAACACGGCUAACAUGCUGCGUCAGCUUCUUCCAUUUUGCACUCGUGAAAGCUUGCUAAGCGAGUCUAAGUUCUCAAUAAAAAGUUUAACUUUUUAUGAAACAUUCUGCACAAAUUAAUCUCCCCGAAUUCUUUUUAAUGAACUAUGGUGUGACCGUGCCUUUUGCUAGGCAGCAUUUUAAAUGCACUCCUUUUGUCGCACUGUGUUGAGGGGCGUGCCGAUCGUGAAUAUCGAUCUAUGCAACGUCACAAUCUCGACCUUCCAAAGCAAAGGCGGAAUCAAGGAUUUGACCACGCCCCCUGUGUGACGUCCUGCAGGAAAAACGCAGUAUUGUGGUUGUAGCCCUUGUAGCACGAUUACACAUUAGCUCCUCUCCCUAACCCAAUGCUGCUGCCAACUAAUAGUAACCAUGGCAACACACCGACCAAACUCAAAACUAGUGGAAAAUCCUGGAUUUAAACAUUUACUGGUUACUGUUACAUUCAUAUUGUUAAUAAAGGA